CGCUUGGAUACGGCGCAGAAUACACACAAGUACAGUAUACACAUACACACACACACACGAAACACACUGGAAGCCCAGAAAAAAAAAAAAAAACGUCAGACAUGGAUGACCCACUCACAAAAUGGCUCCACUUACGCGGUAGCAUCAACAGCAGCACUCCCGACGGGUUGCACGUAUACACCCCCACCAGUGAUUUUAUAAUGGCGCGUGAGUUAUGGCAUAAAUGUUAAUACGGACAGAGUGAGAAAAGAGACCCCAAAACAAAAAAUGAUGGAAAAAAGGCAGCCGGACCUUUGUCGUGGGAAUCCAGACGCAGAGUCCGGUCGUGGAAAGCCCGAGGACUCCAUCAUCAUCAGAUGCGACGAAGAGGAGGAGGGGAAGAUGAAGAGGAGGAGGAGGAGGAGGAAGAAUGAGGAGGAGGCAGAGGAGAAGGAGGAGGAAGAGGAACAGGGGGGAGGGUUCUCCGCGGGGGUCGAGGAGAUAGAUGACGUACCCGUGCAGAACUCGACGAACGGGACCGUCAUCGUCAUCAACGGCGUUGCCAAGGAAACCGCCUCUCGCGACGCCCUUGACCUGAAAAGGGAAGUGCCGGUGAUCGAGCUCUCCAGGAGGGACGCUAUAAAGGCGCUGGAGAGGAGGGCGGAGAGCCAUUUGGUGCCCAUCACGGAGCUCCGCAGACCUCCUCUCCCUCCCGCUCUUCCUCCUCCUCUUCCUCCUGCACUACCGCACACCCAACGAGACGACGCUCGAAUGGUCCAGCUGAGUCCCAACGCGUUCCCUGUCCCGGCCCGGGCCAUGCUCUACAACCUGGCUCAGCCACUCGCCGCCAUCAACAGUCUUGGAGGGGAUUCAGAGCAGUACAGCAUGUACCCCAGCAACAGGGUAAAACGCCGCCCGGCGCCUUAUGAGGUUGAACUCGACGAGGGUAGGCGCAUUUUAGAUCUUUAUAAGUAUGCCGGCCAGCCAAAGAUUGUCCGGCGUAUCUUCACCAACAGCCGCGAGCGUUGGCGGCAGCAGAACGUGAACGGCGCCUUUGCAGAGCUCCGUAAACUCAUCCCCACUCACCCUCCGGACAAAAAGCUGAGCAAGAACGAGAUCCUGCGUCUGGCCAUGAAGUACAUCAGCUUCCUCUCCAACCUCCUGGAGGACCAGGACGGGGGCCGUAACGUUGGCGCCACAACUGAAGAGGACAGCGGGAUCCUGGUUGGGGCCCACGAGGGGGUGCCCCAGGGCGGACCGCGUCAGGACACGGUGGUAAGCUUGGCCAGAGACGACCUGCUGGAGACGAUGUCGCCCGGCUCGAGCUGCGGCAGCUUGCCCGACGGGGAUGCCGACGGCAGCCCGGAGAGCUUCGUGGAGGAUCAGGACUCGCCUCCCGUUCCGAGGACUAUCGCGGCUUCGCGCGGCCCCGCGCUCCAUCUCAGACGCAACGGACGCCCGCAAAUGGACGGCUCCGGCCGACGAUGACUCUGAUGUCGAAAGAGUUGGAAACACAAGACGUGAGACUUCAACUUCACGCAAUGAAAAGAGUCCGCUUUGAUCUGCGGGCUCGUUUGAGACGGGAGGAUGAAGCUGUGCAUUGUGUGACAACAUGGACCUUCCUGUCACCACACUUGACAGCAUGUAAAGAAAAAAAAAAAGAAAAAAAAAAAAAGCCUCGGUUGGCCGGAUGCUGGAAUUUGGUCCACCAACUUGUAAACUCUGCAUGUCUUUGAGCGAGUGGCAUGUGGAUGUAACAUUUCUUGGUUUUGAAGGUGCCGAGAGGUUCUGUAGCGACGGAGAAACCUAUGGGGCAAAUCUGAAAUCCCUCGUAUUGUUUAAAAAAAAAAAAAAGUAUUAGAAAGAAGAAACAAUGUGCAAUCAUAGCAAAACCGAGAUCAAAACAACGAAA